CAAAAGCUAAAGAAUCCAAGUCGGUGCUCACUGAAAUUUAUUCUUUGGCCUAUUCAUGCUGCUUAUAUCAAUGACCUGGUCUUUAAGAGAGUAAUGACCCGAGUCGAACAAACAAGGGACAGAUUAAUCGCCUAAAUAAUACGUUUCUUGACACAAGGUGAGCUUUGUCAACACAAUCACUUGGAUGGAUAAGGACGGAGAGAUAGAAAAAAGCAGCCAUGGGAUAGAGUUCAAAGAAGAGCACACAAAUGCAAACAAAUCUCCUAAACUUCGCGGCCUGAAACCGAAGACUCAUAAAAGCGAGGUAGGGAGCAUUGCCAAUGCAAGAAACAAAACCGAGACUUUGAAACUGGACAGAAGUUUGUCUAAUUACGAUAAACAGUGCUCGAAAGCGGUCAAAUCAAUAGAGUUUGCACAGAGGUCAUUCCUAGAUAACUUGCAAGCUAGAAAGAGUAAGGCGGGGAGGAAAAUAAGCACAGAUGUAUGGUUUUCCACUCAGCGAAGAGGUUCAUCUCCUGUCUUGUUGACUGAGCGAUUACGAAAUGCUGAAGUACCUGAAGGUACUGUUAAUGCCAGAAAUAUUAAUAGACUGUUCGUACAUCGCCAUUCGCUGCCGACCGACUCGCUAAUAGGCUACGGAAAAGGCUCACAACCCAAGACAGAGGCAUCCGCUGCCUUUCUCGGGACCAAACCAUACACUAAGAGCAGAUCGUUUAGUAACUUAGAGUUCCUGAAAGAGGAGUCCUUGACUAAUUUCCAAAGAUCAGGGAGCUUGCCGAAGCUGGAUCCUCUAUUGCUUGAGCAGAGUAAACGGAAAGCUUUUUCGUCACUGGGAAAAGGAGACACUGGCGACAAAAAACAAACUGGUAAAGCAAACCCACUAGGAAGAAAUCGCAACUGGCAAGGGAAAAUCAAACUAAAGGAUUCGUUUUCAAAAAGCAAUUCAAUGAUAGUGGAUUAUACUGAAAAAUGCGAUGAUGUCAUCGAAGGUCAGUUAGUUUCUAAACCAAUUGUCAGAAAAACAUUUCAGCCUUUGCCGGCUAUUGUUGUUGAUUUCGACAAUUCUACGACAACAAGCCGAGCCCACGAUGAAAAAACGUCGCCGAGAGACGACUAGUCCACGAUGGUAACAGCGAUAACACCCAACAGCCCAAUAAAGACUUUAGAUCGGACAUAUGUGGGACACUGUUGUCACGGUUGCACCAGGAUGUCUAUUACUCCGUAUUAAUUAAUUAUUCGUGGAUUAUUCUAUACUUUUCUGUAGGUAUAGAAAGCAGUCGUUUGUUUUGUUUUGUUUGUAGGAUGGAUUGAAUUCAACUGAUUCAACUGGACGAGUUAUAACUUCGCCGCUAAAAGUAUCUCUCCCAGUCUUUAAUAAUGAAAUUUUAAAUUUGUUGCAAAGACUAGAACCUACGGCUCUAGAUAACAUACUGCGGUAGACAAAAGACAGGCCAAAUAGCUGGUAUUCAUGUAGUCGUGGUCUAUUAAGCGGAACGUUGCACCCAUUGAGAAACACCCCUAGCCUAGGACACGCACUUUUGCCUUGAGGUCAAUACGUCUAAGUAAAUAUAGUAGAGUUUAUAAAUGCACUCUUGUCACGAUAACACAGCACCAUGACUCAUGUAUCGAGUUCAUGGUCAUGGUUGCAGUCGGUACAAGAAAUCAAUAAAAUGCCAUCCACCCUGCGAUCACAGUGCUGAAUAACGUAUGCGCAUGCGCGUGGUCUGGCGAAAACAAACAAAAUCUCAGUGUUGAAUCGUUCGAGUAAAGGUACGAAAGGCUGACUUCGGUCGCUGUUUUGACUUACUGUACAGCAUUAAAACCAUACUGUACAAAAGAUGACAGAUUUGUUUGAUAAUGAGGGAGUCAUAAGGAAAAUUAUACUCUUAGCUUUGCGCUAGUUUUUUUAGCAUUCGCCAAAAUGUGACGAUUCGCCGGUAAAAAGCAGCCAUUUUAAAACAAAAAGGCUGGUUUAACCGCUCGGUACUGGAACUAGUCUUGUUUUUCAGCACUGUCCCCUGAGAUCACUAACCACAUAGAGCCGAUAAGCAUUCUAUCAGGGAUUCUAGAUAAGGAGGCUGUGUGUGAGGGGGAGGGUGAGGGGUCUUGGUUGGUUUUAGUUUACUAUUAUUGUGGUGAUCAUGUAUUCUUUUUUAGUCUUGUAUGUCGCAUUUGUUUUCCCUUGAAAAGAGUAUGAGGCAAUAGGAGUAAUUGUCCUUACUUCAUAAAUAGGAUGUUUGUUGAUUUUUCUCAAUUAAAAGUUUGUGAUUCUUGCAAA